GUGCCAGAAAAAAGCGCCUCGUAAGUUUGUCAGGAGGACUGAUUGAACCCUUUUUUAUCGUAGACCUCUACACGGCUCAUUCGCGCCAUUCGUCAGGGCCCUACAGCCAAAGUGUCCGUGCAGUUCAGUUCACGGUUCAAAGUUCAAAUGAACAUGACGCGCCUCUUUCCAUCUCGUACAACGUCUUAAACGCGUCCGCGUCUUAACGAUCGAAAGCGAAAGUUCGCGUGUUUUCGCCAUUACAUUUACGGCACUAAUCUAAUUUACAAUCAUUCGUGCAACGGCCAAACGUUUUGAUUUAUCUCAUAUCAAAAGAUUGUGAUUCCCGCAAACGAUGCGCAAUCGGGGAAGAUUGCAUGUAAGUAAACGGUAGUUACUUUGCCCGCCGAGUGUCCUGGCCUACCGGCCCUGUGUAUCGCCAGUCUGUAGCAACAAUCCACGGAAGAGCCGCCACCUGCACUACGCCGGCUGCCAGAGUGGCUCGAAUGCCACCGUAAACCGGUCACGAUGAUACUACGAUUUUACGCGACACUGAUCUUCUGCUGGGAUGUGCUGGUAAUUCUGGUACAGUUUUUACUCACCCUACUGAAGUCGCUUUUUCGUCUGGUGCGGCCACCGAAACCGAAGAGUCUCGCUGGUGAAGUAGCCGCCGUCGUUGGUAGUGGCCGGGGAGUGGGUUAUGAUCUCGCGCUACAGCUUGCGGCGCAAGGCGUAAAGGUGGCCUGCAUCGACAUCAACACUGCGGACAACGAUCUGUUGGUGAAGCGGAUUCAAUCAUCCGGUGGCGUGGCGCACGCAUACGAGUGCGAUGUCACGAACAAGGCGGCCGUUGGCCGUGUAGUGACCGCUAUCGAGAACAAUUUUGGCACCGUUAGCUUGCUGUUCCAUUGCUGCAAUGUGCCCAGUGCACGAAGCCUGGUCACGGAACCUCCACCAAUCGAGUUUACGCUGAACGUGGGCGUUGUGUCCCAUUUCUUGCUCUUGGAAGCAAUUUUGCCAAAAAUGAAGAAAGCAUCCCACGGACACGUCGUCUUUCUAACGUCGGUUGCCGGCGUUAGUGGAUUGAAGCACCAGAUGCCGCUGGCUGUUUCGCAGUUUGCGGUGCACGGUCUUUACGAGUCGACGCUCGAGGAGCUGCGUAUUGAAAAGUGCCAGCAGACGAUCCACACCACGCUGGUACACAUCUAUCCGUUCAUCAUCACCGAUCACUGCCUGAACGAUAUCCGGUUGCGCAUAUCUUCCGCCUUCGGGCGUAUCAAAUCGGACGAGGCAGCCCGACGCAUUAUCAUGGGCGUGCGGCGGAAUGAGCUCGAGAUUAGCAUUCCGGGCUAUCUGCUGUUCCUUAGCCACCUGCUUCGACUGUUGCCUCGCCGCGCAACUCUUCUACUGCGCGAGUUAAUCGACACUGGGUUGGAUAUGUAAGGGGAAAGCCUCAAGUUAGCCUGAACUGAGAUUGUACUGAACUAGGGAACGAAGGGAACUGAUUAAAAGACUAUCAUAUAAUAUUUUGUAGAAAGAGUAUUCU